AUGGUUGUCACACAGGCUCUCAGAUCUGUUUCACCUGUACAUGUCGUUUCAGAUGCAAAAGCUGAAUCAUUGUUAGCCCCUGUAAUUUCAAGAUGGAAGGCCAUUGAUGAUUCUCUCGAAAACUUCAUACUGCCAUGUGAGAAGAAGUGCAGAUUCCCUCCAGCGCGUUUGAAACGUAAAACAGAUGAAGAAAUCCCACACGGCUCCCUCCCUCCCAGUCCCAAGAAGCAUUCCCUCUCCUGUUCAUAUGUGAUUGCUGACCUUACAACUGUGGAUCUGCCACAUAAAAUUCCUCAAGAGCAUUCGAAAUGCAAAGCAUAUGGAGACAUGCCAGAUGGUUCCUUCCCUCCCAGUUUUAAGAGGCGUACCCUCUCCUGUUCAUAUGCAAUUGCUGAUCUCACUGCUCACUCAGCAACUGAAGAGUGCAGCAUAGAUCCUGUCCUUUUUUUGCAUGCUUACAUGUUGAGCAGACAGGGUUGCGUGUCAACACUCAGACCUACCUAG